AUGGCUUUCAUUCACCCGGAAUCCACCCUUGCUGUGGCUGUUGUUGUUGCUGCUGCCGCUUGCUUUGACAACGCUGUAAAAUAUAUCUGGGAGGUUCCUAGCUGGUUGGCCUGCUCGCCAGCAAGCUCCACUCCCAUUGAGUGGCUGACUGAAUGGACGGAUGUGGAUGAAAUAGAGUUGAGAAGCAGCUCUGUCAAGAGCAACUCAACUCGGACUGAUGAAGAUGAGCUGCUGCCGAUGCUGCUGCUGGCGGAUUACAAUCUGGUGGACCCUAGUGAGUUUAUAACUGAAUGGGCGGCUGAGGAUGAGGCAUACCUGAGAAAUGGUGCUCUCAGCCGUCGUGUCAGUGAGGAUGACUGCGAGUGGCUGGCUGAGAAUGCGCAGGUUGAUCCUGCUGAAUUUAUCACAGUGUGGACAGCUGCUGAUGAGGCGUACCUGCGGUCUGGUGUUCACACCCUUGGUGACAGUGAGAGUGACUGCGAAUGGCUGGCAGAAAACUCGCAGGUGGACCCCUCUGAAUUCAUCACCGAGUGGACGGACGCUGAUGAAGCCUACCUGAGAGACACGACUGUCAGGUGCUUCUCAGCACCGAGUGAGGGUGACAGGCUGCUGCUGUCGCCAAAGCUGAAGCCCCUGACAUCAGCUGCUGUGGCGUACAGGGUUGCUUCCAAGCCAGCAGCAAAGGCCGCAGCUUCCAAGCCAGCAGCAAAGGCUGCAGCUCCCAAGCCUGCAGCCAAGGCUGCAGCUCCCAAGCCUGCAGCCAAGGCUGCAGCUCCCAAGCCUGCAGCCAAGGCUGCAGCUCCCAAGCCUGCAGCCAAGGCUGCAGCUCCCAAGCCUACAGCCAAGGCUGCAGCUCCCAAGCCUGCAGCCAAGGCUGCAGCUCCCAAGCCUGCAGCCAAGGCUGCAGCUCCCAAGCCUGCGGUCAAGGUUGCAGCUCCCAAGCCUGCAGCCAAAGCUGCAGCUCCUAAGCCUGCAGUGAAACCAGCAGCAGUUCCUGCCGCGGCCACUGCCUGUGCUGCUCGUGUGGCGCCUCUGAGGCAAGCAGUGCAGAAGGGGUCGCAGGGAAGAACAAGGAGGUCAAGUGGGUAA